AAAUCUACAUUUCAUGUAGCUUACUAAUAACAUCAAUACGGAAUUCAAUAUUUUCUCCGUUUUGAUGAUAGACGUUAAGUGUCACUAUGCAACGCUUCAGAAAAAUUGCAACAAGGUACUGUACGUUUUAAAAAAUUAAGCUUUAGUUGUACACGCAAGAGGAAAUAUGCAUAGGCUACUCGUCUGUUAUUAAUGAAAAGCUGCUACAUGCUGCUUCAAUUCAUAUGCUCGAGAGUUCUUGCGCUGACGCACAAGCCAGGUUGUCAAGGCAACGUGGCUGUGUUGGUAACUUGAGUGACGCUAAAAAUGCACCCUACUACCCAAGACCGCAAAACAAAUGAGCACGAUUAGCAUAAAUUCGGAUUCCAAAAAUCCAUCCGACAUGAAAGGAGAAUGAGAUGGCGGACGCCUCGUUCGCCGCGCAGCCUCAUUCUGAGCUCAGUCGGACCAGACUGGUGAAACGUCCCGUAAGGAAUGCACGUGACCAGGCCAAAGUCCUCCAAAGGGCGCAGCAGACCGGCACUGAACCACACCAAAAGCGCCGACAUCAGUGCCUACCGCGAGUGCCCCGUCACCCCCCGCCCCCCGUCCGAGCGGGCUGCCCGCUCCGCCCGGCCCGCCCGCGCCCACGCCUUCCUGAGGCAGAGCAGCGCCGUUACCGCCCAGGAGGCCACCGCGCUCCUGCAGGAGGCCCUGGCCCCGCCCACCCUCAGCCUCAACAGGUACAGGGUGCUCCCCUCCAUUGAGAGGAAGGGGUCCGGCGACCCGGAGUCCUUCCGGGGCCUGGAGGAGAAGACCUCCAAGCUCAGCCUCUCCGACGACCUGAUGGUCAGUUCCCGGCGCGGCCACCGGGGGCAGCAGCUCUCAAAGUUCCACGCCUCUCGGAGCAACCCGGAGAUGGGCGGGGCGCUAGGUCGCGGGGCCCCGAGGCCGCCCGACCCGAGGCCCGAAGCAGAGUGCGAGGCCGCGGAGGCCGAGGGCCUCGGGACGGCCCCCUCUGCCGACCAGCUGGGCCUCCUGCUGGCCGUCCGCUCCCCGUGCGGGAGGAGGCUCCAGCGGCGCUUCCUCCCCACGGACACGUUGCGCGCGGUGCUCGCCGCCGCCGAGGACGCGCACGGCGCGCGGUACGGACGGGCCGUGGUCCAGACCGUGGAGGUGCCGCGCAGGAGCUUCGCAGACCUGAACGUGACUCUCGCCCAGUGCGGGAUCCAAAACCGCUCGGUGCUCUGCAUCUCCAAGGAGGACGACGGCUCCGCCGACUCCACAUGAAAACCAGUGGGGCCCAGAUGCUAAUCAGCAGAAACGCUCCUGCUGGUAUCAGAAAUGCAACGGACACUUUAAACGCCUUUUUUUUUAAUGUAAUGGGAGGAAGAAUCUUUCGUCUCAUUUGAUGUCACAGUAUGAGCUCUGCAACACAAUCGGGUUAUGAUCUUUUCUAUAUUUGCUAAACAAAACCGGAUAUGCCAGGUACUUUUAUGGAGUAAUUUAUGAAAUCAUGUCAAAUUUUACAAAAACACUUGCUACACAUGAUAAAAUCAAUAGAACCAGACACAGCUACGGUCAAAUAUGGCUUUGUUCAAUUUAAUAAUGAAGAUACUGUAAUCAAGAAUGGAAUUCAGCAGAAAUGUACACUUUAAAAAUCUGAAGGUACAUUUUUUUAUAUGUAAGUUUUGGUGCAUUAUAUGAAUGUUUUCCUUAUGACUAUUUGUAAUUACAAAUGAAUAUGACCUGGUUUUCCUGUACUUUAGUAUUCCAAAGCUUAUUGGGGUUUUGAAUAAAUUGAACAGGUUCUAAGACACGA